AUGAUCAGCAAAACCAGCUCCGACGCCAACUGGUGGAGACAAGCCGUCGUCUAUCAAAUCUACCCACGCUCCUUCUCAGACGCCAAUGGUGAUGGUAUCGGAGACUUGGAAGGGAUUACUGCCAAGGUUCCCUACCUCGCAGCUCUGGGGAUUGACGCUGUAUGGCUCAGUCCCUUCUACCCGUCCCCACUUCUCGAUGGAGGCUAUGAUGUUGCCGACUACCGAGACGUCGACCCGCGUAUCGGUACCCUGGCCGAGUUCGACACCAUGAUGGCCGCUUUCAAGCAGGAGAACAUUGAGGUCAUCGUCGAUAUCGUCCCCAACCACACCAGUCACGACCACGAGUGGUUCAGGGCGGCUAUCCAGUCCAAGCCUGGUUCUAUGGAGCGGGACCGGUACAUCUUCCGGGACGGCCUUGGCCCCAACAAGGAUCAACCACCUACCGACUGGCAGUCCAUCUUUGGCGGGAACGCUUGGUCACCCUCGGGCCAGAACGACGGUCAAUUCUACUACCACAUGUUCGACUCUUCUCAGCCGGAUCUCAACUGGGACAAGGACGAGAUCAAGGAGGACUUCAAGAAGACUCUCCGCUUCUGGGGCGACCGGGGAGUAGCCGGCUUCCGUAUCGACGUCGCCCACGCCUUGACCAAGGACCUCAGCGGCGACCUCCCCAACUGGGAGCAAAUGGUCAUCAUGUCCAAGAAGAAGGGGGAGAAUGGGAAUGCGGAUCUCAAGCACCCUACAGAUGACCGGGACGAGGUGCACGAGAUCUAUAGGGAGUGGCGCAAGGUAUUCAACGAGUACGACCCCCCUUUGACUGCUGUGGCUGAAUGCUGGGUCGCUCCGGACCGGAAACACCUCUACUCCGCUGCGGACGGCCUCGGACAGGCCUUCUCGUUCGACAUGUUGACCUGCAACUUCAGCGCCGCCGAAUUCAAGGAGUGUAUCUCUUUCAGCUUGGAGUCUGCCGCAGAGGGGACCGGCCAGACCUGGGUGUUGUCAAACCACGAUGUCAUUCGCCACGCCUCGCGUUACGGGAUGCCCAACUUUGUCUCGAAGAACCACAAGGAGAUGUGGAUCGAGGCGGUCGCGUGGCUCAAGAAUGGGUUCGAGGGUUUGGACAAGGAGUCGGGGUUGAGGCGAGCGAGGGCGGCGACCAUGAUGCUGUUUGGUCUUCCGGGGUCGACGUACAUCUACCAGGGCGAGGAGCUUGGCCUGUACGAGUCAACCGACAUCUCCGACAGUCAACGACAAGACCCCUCCUACUUCCGCACCAAGAACGCCAAGGUGCACGAGAUCGGGCGAGACGGCUGCCGUGUCCCUCUUCCAUGGGAGGCGGAGGCGCCCAACUUCGGCUUCGGGUCCGGUAAAGAACCCCACCUCCCCCAGACUUCAUGGAUGAAGGAGCACUCGGUCGACCUGCUCGACAAGCGCCCGGACAGCACGCUCAACCUUUACCGCAAGGCCCUCAAUCUGCGGAAGACGCUUCAGACCGCAGAGAGGCUCGAGUGGGUCGAGACGGGCAACGAGGAGGUCUUGCACUUUAAGCGUCCGGGCGGAUGGGAGGUGGUGCUUAACGGCGGCAAGAAGGCGGUGCCGAUGCCAAAGGGGAAGGUCCUGCUUCGUUCGGGCGGGACUUCGGACACCGAGAUCGAGGGAGAGAGCUGCGUUUGGCUUCAGAACUAG